UCUGGCACAAAUUUGUACAUGAGCAGAGGUUUGAGGAGGACAGAUUUGUAGUGAGGGGGAUCACAGACGUCAUCGGACAUUGAGUCGUCACUGAAAGAGCAGGUUGUGGAUAAGAUGACCCGGCAAUGGCAUGUGGCCCGUCUCCUUGGAGACACCGGUCAAACCCUACAACAGGACUGAGGUGAACCCGGGGGAAACACAUUUAGUGUCUCGCCCUUUGGAGACUGCAGUACAUUGAGAUUUACGAGUGGGGUUUCGGUAGAGGAUGGUGACCAAUCCAGCAGUGCGCACGCCCACGAAGGCGGGCACACCGCCGCCACCAUCCGGAGCCCAGAAAUUGACCUCCAGCCUGUCCAAGAACGUCAAGUCGACGGCAGUGAAGCCUGGGAGGGUGCUGAAGGAGAUCAGAUCGGUGAUGAUUGACCUGGGCACGGGCUAUUGUAAGGCGGGCUACACCGGGCAGUCCCGGCCCUCGGUGGUGCUAUCCUCGGUGGUGGGCAGACCGGUGCAGAUGAGUGCAAAGACGGGCGAUAACCGCCAGGAGAACUUUGUCGGCGAAGAGUUGACCAAGUCGAUGCCCAAGCUGAGGGUGGUCAAUCCCGUGAGCCGCGGUAUCGUGGUGGACUGGGACGGGGUGGAGGCCAUCUGGGCGUACAUCUUCUACAAGGCUAUGAAGAUCCCUCCCGAGGAUCACGCCGUAAUGGUGACCGACACUCCCCUCAGCCCCGUCACCAAUAGGGAGAAGAUGGCCGAGAUCCUCUUCGAGAACUUCGGCAUCCCGGCCAUGCACAUCGCCUACCAGUCAAUCCUCUCCCUGUAUUCCUACGGCCGCACCACCGGCCUGGUGGUGGAGUGCGGCCACGGCGUCACCCAUGCGGUGCCCGUCCACGAAGGCUACAACAUGCCGUAUGAAACGGGUAGGGCCGACUACGGCGGCGCUGACCUUAACGACUAUCUGCUCAGACUGCUUAACGAGGCGGGCAGCAGGUUCACCGAGAAGGGAUUGCACAUUGUGGAGGACAUCAAAAAGAAAUGCUGCUACACUGCCGUCAACUUCGAGGAGUUAAACCAGGAAGCCAACGAGAAAGUAUUGGAGUACGAACUCCCAGACGGCCACGUUAUCACCGUCGGCAAGGAGAGAACCCGCUGCCCUGAGGCCCUCUUCAACCCUUCCCUAAUGGGCUCCAAGGAGCCCGGCAUUCACUCCCUGGCCAUGCACAGCCUAGACCUGUGCGACAGCAAACUCCAGUGCGACAUGUACAGCAACAUUUUCCUGUGCGGCGGCUCCACAAUGUUCGAGGGCUUCGCCGACCGCCUGCAGAAGGAGAUAAUCAAAAUGGAGAAAGGCAUGAACCCCACCGUGCACUGCAUCCCCGACAGGAAGUACUCGGUCUGGCUUGGAGGAUCCAUCAUGUCUUCCCUCAAGAGUUUCCAGCAACUCUGGGUGCGCAAGAGGGAAUAUGAAGAGAGGGGCCCAUUCGUCAUUUACCGCAAGUGUUUCUGAACCUAUCUGCUGAAAACUUUACUGCAAUUUAAUGCUUGGCUGAUAUCCAAGCACAUUGUCUCAUUUAUCACGGUUUCCACCGAAUCUCAACGCUACUUCUUUUAUUAUGUCUUAACAUAAUAAAGUAUUUCUCAGUAUGUGUGUGGCCCAUUUGAUGCCAGUGGGUCAAGAGGCAUUUAUUAUACUGAAGACACAAGAGAUCUAGGAGCAACAAACAAUCUGCUGGAAUUUAGCGGGAGGAAUAGCACCUGUGGAGGAAAAGGAAAUCCUGCAAUACAGGCCACUCUAGCAGAUAACUUGUUGCUCUUUAUUCCCCGGAAUCAUGUUCACGUCUUUCCAUAUGGUGGUGAGAGGCAGGUGUAGCACUUGUAAGUGCCUAGAGGAAGAUCCGUUUGGGGUGGAGGUUGGUGUCGAGUGGCCAAGGGAGCGAUCCUCGCGGAAAGCGGGGGUGGGGGAGAGAUGAGUUUAGUGUCAGGACACUGUUGAUUUUAUCUCGAGAGGAGCGCUUAAGGCUCUCCGGAUGGUGGAGAGAUGUAUAGGGACUGAAAAUGAGGC